AAGCGAGAGAGACCCAGAGAGGGAGGGGCGGGGCCGAGCCAAGGUUUUGCUGCGUACUGAGUCGUCUCCUCGCCCGGGACAGCGACAGCCGCGGGAGCGGAGCAAGCCCGGGACGAAGCCGCGGAGGGUUGUUGCUGCUGCUGCCGCCGCCGCCUCCAUUCCCGUCGCCAUGCCGCUCUUCGCCGCCAACCCCUUCGAGCAGGACGUGGAAAAGGCCACAAAUGAGUACAACACUGCUGAAGACUGGGGUCUUAUUAUGGAUAUAUGCGACAAAGUUGGUAGCACUCCUAACGGAGCAAAAGACUGCCUUAAAGCCAUUUUGAAGAGAGUAAAUCACAAGAUACCCCAUGUUGCACUACAGGCACUGACUCUGUUAGGAGCUUGUGUUUCAAACUGUGGAAAGAUUUUCCACUUAGAAAUCUGCUCACGUGACUUUACCAGUGAAGUGCGUGUCAUAAUAAACAAGGCUCAUCCUAAAGUAUGUGAAAAAUUAAAAGCUUUGUUAGUAGAAUGGUCAGAUGAAUUUCAGAAAGAUCCACAGUUUAGUCUGAUAUCAGCAACUGUUAAAUCCCUUAAGGAAGAAGGGGUUACGUUUCCUACAACUAUGUCACAGGGUAUCUCAACUGCUGCCAAGAAUGGUGUCUCAUCGAACAAGAACAAAGAGGAUGAAGAUAUAGCUAAAGCAAUUGAAUUGUCUUUGCAAGAACAAAAACAGCAGCAAUUGGAAACAAAAUCUUUAUACCCAUCUGUAGAAGUUCAGCAGAACAGUCAGAAAACCUCAAGGAAGGUGCGAGCUUUGUACGACUUUGAAGCUGUCGAGGACAAUGAACUCACCUUUAAGAGUGGCGACAUUAUUAUUGUUUUGGAUGACAGUGAUGCCAACUGGUGGAAAGGAGAAAAUCAAAGAGGAGUAGGAUUGUUCCCAUCUAAUUUUGUGACCUCUAACUUAAAUGAUGAACUUGAGUCAGCAGCAGCAGCAGUGGAUAAACCCUCUUCUCCUGAAAGCACUACAGAGGAAGUUACAAAAGCUGAGCCUGAACCAGUUUGUAUAGAUGAGGGCACAAUGGAUAAGGCAUUGCAGUUACUUCAGAGUAUAGAUCCAACAGAUCCUAAGCCUGAUUCUCCUGAUCUUCUGGAUUUAGAAGAUAUCUGUCAACAGAUGGGUCCCAUGAUAGAUGAAAAGCUAGAAGAAAUUGAUAGGAAGCAUUCAGAGUUGUCAGAACUAAACGUUAAAGUACUAGAGGCCCUGGAGCUGUACAACAAACUAAUGAAUGAAGCGCCUAUGUAUUCCACAUACUCAAAGAUGCAUUCAUCCACACACUAUCCACCCUCAACAGCUGGUGUUCCAGUGCAGCCAUAUCCCCUCCAUGCUCAUAGUGGGAACUACUUGGUUCAUGGUGUUCCUCAAGGCUACAAUCCCGGGAGUGAUCAGAUUGGACAGCUGAGGUCCUUGCCUCCGACUAUAAAUUCUUCAGUAGCAUCUCAGCCUGCUCAGACAGCUUAUCUAAGCACUGGUCUAGACUCUGUGUCCAGCCCUGCUUACAUGAACCAGAAUUCUUGCCUUCCACCAGCUAGAACGGUCCCUUACACCCAGCCAAUGAGCCUGCCUAUGGAUAUGCUAGCCUACCAGAACACUCCUUCUAGUUUGCCUCAAGGAACAUGCUAUCCAGCAGUUCCAGUUCAUUCACUUCCACAGCAACAGACAAAUUACCACCAACAGCCUCUCCUGUGAAAAUGCAGAGUCUGUUCCUGAAAACAAAUCUCUGAUGUUGCUGACCCUUGUCAUUUAAAUUGCCCUUCAUUGAGCUAAAAGGAUACUUCUGCUCAAGGGAAAAGACAACCAAGCAGUUUCAAAGCAAAACUUAAUUCAAGUUUAACUGGUUUUUUCUGCAUAGCUUUUAAAAUAAGGUGAGCUGCUAAUGUGUUUUUUUUUUCCCUUUUCAGAAAUGGCCUUUAAACCUUGGCUUGUGUAGUGUUCUGUCCCCCCUUCUCCCUAUUUACAAUUAAGCUUCCAUAAAAGUAACUUUCCCUUUCAUAAGAGGGGAGAGUGGAAAGCAAGUUUAUAUACGCUGCUCUUCCUGUUUGUUCAUUCCAAACUUUAUUAAUACCGUCGUUUUUAUGGAACCUUUAAAUUUCGAGUGUUGUCCUGAAACCCAGUUUAUUUAGAUAAUUUGCUUUCCCCAGUUUGCACUCUCUGCUGGAUCAUCUUAACAGACUGCUUUUUUAUGAUUGUACAAUAAAGUCGUGAACUUGGGAGAAGGAAAUCUUGACUGACAGAGGAAGUUAAUGGCCUUUCUGGCUUCUGCCAGCUUGGAUCACUCAUUUUUCAUUUCACUGAAAACUAGCACUGUUUAUUCUGUGGAGUCCUCUUUAUUCCCAGUCUAAGGGAAGAGAGGGUCUUGGGGAGUGCUCCCCCCAGGGCGCUUUAAUUUCCAAGACCAAGCCGCCCUAAUGCAACUAAAUCUUGUGCACUUCUCUCUCUCUCUCUCUCUCUCUCAGCUUUCCUUUCACUUCACCACAUGAAAGAGCAGUUUGUGCCUGCAUCGUGGGUUAAUCAUAGCAGAGGCCCACAGAGGUCUUUUUGGCCUUACAUAUCAAAUACAUGCUGAGCAGAACAGGGAUUUAGAUGAGUACCCUAGUAGUGUGAACAGCUGAAGUGUUCCAGUGCCUGGCUUCCUUUCCUAAUAGAAAUUCAUCAAAGGAAAGAAUCUGUGUUCUUUUAUCUUCAGGUGUUCUUUCUUUCCUUGCUGUCCAUUUGCUUAUUGACUUUGCACACACUUUGCACACACAUUAAAUACUUGCAUAUAGCUAAUCUGUAGUCUUGGAUGGGGUGAGCAAUGUGGGGGGGGGAUACAGAAAUUAUUUAGGGAAGCAAAGGACCAUGAUUAAAUGUGUAGAAAUUGAAAGGUCUUUAUACAUUGGUGUCUGAGUAUAUGUUGUCUGCCCUAUGAAUACAUGUUAACUUUAAAGUGAGGUAAAACACGUGUUCAAAUCUAAAUUGCCUGUUCAGUGGCUCUUUGAGUUCCUAUACUGGUGCUAACUAAGACUGUUCAGAAGCGUGAGCAUGGUCAGAUGAAGCUUCAUAUUGGACCAACAUACGUGUAUGUCUUUCUUUAAAAAAAAAAGUUCUGAAAAUCAACCUGUGGGCUAUCUAUCUCUGUCUAAUCCAGAAAACAAGAUGCUAAAGGCUUUCUUUCUUUGUGGUCCUAUCUUUCCUUUUUCUGUCCAGUGAUGAUCUAGAGUGGCUAAAUGGAACAUAUAUGAAUAAUUUCUUUAUUUAAAACUGAGGAUUCAUUUUGAAGGGUGCUCUUUAGGAAAUUUAUUUAGAGCAAGGGUUGUCUCUUUUUCUGUCAGCUUGAACAUUUUAUAAACAAAUUGAAGACUUUUGGGAAAGUGUAUAACUUCAUGUUCAUCAGUACAUGAGGUAAUCAAGAGUUUUUAUUGAUUCACAGUCUUUGAUACUACAUUAAGUGGUGCCCAAUGUCUGAUGGAUGUUGAGUUGAAACAACCUUUUUCCAUUGUAUUUUGAUCUUUAUAUAUUAUAUAUAAUAUAAAUAGUGUGUGUGUAUAUAUAUUCACUUAUCUGAGACUUUAUAUACAACUACAUAUGUAUAUUCCUUCUCUAUAAAUCACUGAAAUUUUAUAUGUAGCUGCAUUUGGCAUUAUUGCUAGUUGCUGUACCCUUACAAUGCAUUUCUGCAAAUUGUAAAUAUGUACAAAUUUUGAUGUUGAGACUGUAUUUAGUGUUUUGGUGUCGAUUGGAUCAUCUCUUACCCCUCUUCCCUUUUCUAGACUAUAUCAUUAUUUAUUACUAAGGUGUGUUCAUAGUUAUGCUGCCAAAGGAACUCACAAAUGAUUUCCAUAGUUGGGCUCCUAACUCCAUUGACAUCAGUGAAAAUGAGGUCAUUGAUAUGAAUGGAAUUGAGAAUGUGCUACAGGCUUAUACCUAUUUUUAUAUCAAAAGUAAACAAUUUUUUCCAUAUAAAUUAACUGGUUAAAUAGAAAUUCCUGACAGUUUGUAUGCUUUUUGUUUGCAGAUAAUUUACUACCUUAAACUGUACAAAAAUUAAUCCCUUCUCCUUUCCACUUGAAUGUUGCGCAUGAGAAUGUUCAAUAGCUAAUAUCCCCAGUUCAGAUAUUUUAAGAGUGAACCCUUUUGAAAACAACUUUUGAGUCGUCAAAGGCCACAACACCUAUACUUCUAUUUAGGAUUCCUCCUCCCAGUGUUGUAAACACCCUGUGUGUUUUUGUGUGUUGACUCUCUUUUCAUUUGUCUGCUUUUAUGAUUUGUUGGCUUCUGGAAUUACCUGACAAAGGGCUACCAGUUAAGGGGUAGCUGUGUCAUGCUGUUUCAGAGGUUUUUCUACUGAAUACUUUUUUCCAUUUUUUAUCUGCAUCAUUCAAUUCUCAAGAGGAAUGUGUCACAAUGUUAAAUAUAGGCAGGUUUCAUUACAAUAAAUGUAGUGUGUAAAAGACUUUCCCCUGGAAUGGUCUUAUUUCCUGUUUGGGGCAAAUGUGCAUGAAACUGGAUUAAGUUAUUUUGCUUUUGAGCUAAUUAGUGGAAAGAAAGAGAAUACUGCAGAGUGCUGGAAUGCCUUCUAAGGACUUUGUCUGUGUGCUAUAGAAGCUCCUGUUAUGGUUGUUUGUUGAAGUUCAAACUACAAAGUGAAUUCUUUUCUACAACAAACUGGCUUGGCUGUUUUUACACAUGCUGCUAUCUUCGGGUAAAGCAGAGUUUGGGAUCUGAUCGUAGAAAAAUGCACCCAGCCCUU